AUGAACGUUUUCUUUAUGUAUGAAAGUCUUUUUUCAUCUAUCUAUCUAUCUAUCUAUCUAUCUAUCUAUCUAUCUAUCUAUCUAUCUAUCUAUCUAAGGCUGUUCAUAUCUAUCUAUCUAUCUAUCUAUCUAUCUAUCUAUCUCAUUCGCUCUUUUCAUAUCUAUCUAUCUAUCUAUCUAUCUAUCUAUCUAUCUAUCUCAAUGUCUGCAUUAUCUAUCUAUCUAUCUAUCUAUCUAUCUAUCUAUUUCAUUUCAUUCGCGAUCAUUCUUUCUUUCUUUCUUUCUUUCUUUCUUUCUUCCAUUUUUUGUAAUUUCUUUCUUUCCUGCUUUCUUUUUGUCUCCCUUUCAGUCUUUCUAUCUUUCUUUCUUUCUUUCUUUCUUCCAUUUUUUGUAAUUUCUUUCUUUCCUGCUUUCUUUUUGUCUCCCUUUCAGUCUUUCUUUCUUUCUUUCUUUCUUUCUUUCUUUCUUCUCAACUUCAUUUCCUUUUUUUUUCUUUUUAAAUUUUUAUCUUUCUCUUCACCUCCUCCUUUUUUUUCUUUCUUUCUUUCAUUCUUUCUUCCUUUCUUUCUUUUUCUUUUUUCAUGCAUUUAUUUUUGUCUUUCGUUUCAUAUUUGUUUUCUUUUUACAUUACUAUCUUUCUCUUCACAUCCUCUUCCGUUUCCCUUUCUCUUUCUUUCUUACUUUCUUUCUUUCAUUUAUUUUUCUUUCGUUCCAUUUUUGUUUUCUUUUACAUUCCUAUCUUUCUCAUCACUUCCUCUUUCUUUUUCUUUCUUUCCUUCUUUCUUUUUGUCUCCCUUUCAGACUUUCUUUCUUUCAUCAUUCCUUUAUUUUUGUCUUUCGUUUCAUUUUUGUUUUCUUUUUACAUUACUAUCUUUCUCUUCACACCCUCUUCCUUUUCCCCUUUUCUUUCUUUCUUUCUUUCUUUCUUUCUUUCUUUCUUUCGUUCAUUUUUUUCCUAAAUGUUCGUUUUUCUUUCGUUUCAUUUUUGUUUUCUUUGUGCAUUCCUCUCUUUCUUUCCAUUUUCUCUUCCUUUUUUCUUUUUCUUUCUUUCUUUCUUUCUUUCUUUCUUUCUUUCUUUCUUUUUCUUAUUAA